AUGGCGGUGUCUGGCGGUCGACGGAAUGGAGUUCUCGGCGGAGAUGAGGAGGACCCGACUCUCUUUGAGGAAGAAGGCGUCGAGAUCGCGGAAGAGGACGAUAUCGAUCAUUCCGAUAUCCCACUCCACCUGCGCCCCUUAGUCGCCGCCACUGAGUCUGGCGACCUCAACGCCCUCCGUCAAGCCAUUGAUAAUUUUGACGGUAGCAUUGAUGAACCAGUUGAAGAUGGGGACACUGUUCUUCACCUUUCCUGUUUGUAUGGUCAUUUGUCUUGCGUCCAGUUUUUACUGGAAAGGGGAGCUAACUUGGAGGCAAAGGAUGAAGAUGGAGCAAUUCCAUUGCAUGAUGCCUGUGCAGGAGGAUAUACAGAAGUUGUCCAACUUCUUCUAAACAGUGCUAAUGAUCCAGACCGUAUCAAGAGAAUGCUAGAAACUGUUGAUGUGGAAGGUGACACGCCCCUGCACCAUGCCGCUAGAGGGGAAUACGAGAACGUAAUAAGAUUGUUACUAGCUUAUGGAGCUUCUCCAACUGCAGCAAAUACCUAUGGGAAGACUCCGAGUGAGCUCACCGAUCCUGGAACAGAAGCUAGGAGAAUCUUGGAAGAGGCUUCCAGUGCUGUAUCAGUUCAUUCAUAG